CAUCCGACAAACCAAAGAAACGGAGAGAUUGGGUUUCACCCGACGUUGCUUUUCCGCGAGCCGCGUACCGCAAGUGCCAAUUCGCAACAGAAAACUGGUUUUCGCUUUCGUCCGUGCGCGGAUAUCCGCGGUCGCAUCGCUGAAUCGCUGCCGAUGCAAUUGUGUUGUAAGUUGACCGUCGAGCAAACACCGUUCCACCGUCUCGUGUAGUGCGCGAUAAGUGAGGUGUUAAUUCUUUCCUAAUACCGCUUGUGACGUGCCGAAUUGUUGGAUCAUUGUUGGCGACUCGACCCUUUCGCACUAGCAGCGAAAAGGCAGAAGCAAUACGGACCUUUUCGAACGGAAGCCCCGGCACCGCGUGUUUACAGCGCACUUUCCAGCUACAAACCAUAACGCACGGAAUCAGAACGGAACGAACACCGCUAAGGGAGAUUAGCCGAAGCGAGCGUCAAGGGCACACCGAUAGCGGAAGCGCAACGAUCUGGAGCCUCAACUUUGAACUGCCUUAAAACGAUGAAAAAGCGAGGAUAAGCCCGAAGACCCCGGCGACCACAAAGUGAUUCCGUAUUUUGGUUUUAUAAACCCUCUUCCCAAUGAGUUGUUAUCGGGGAUUAACGAAAGCAGAAGGUUACUUACAGUGGCUCAAGUUAUGAUGGUUUAAUGUACGGGCGCACAAUAGAGUACUUUGGUAGUUGUUUGUUCGCGGCACACGUUAACCGUAGCGAUACUGUAUAGCUGUUUGUUUUGCGCUUUAGUUAAUUGAUUUUGAGUUUUUCGUGGUUUAGUAGUGAACCUCGCGAUAGGUUCGCGAUUCUGUUUGCGUAAGCGGCCACAAACACUGACUGCGUUACUCCAUCGAAAGCGCAGCAGUACAUUCUGUUAAGUGCGGGUUUUCAGUUAGUAUAAAAAAUAAAAUUAAAAAGGCCAUUGUAGUAAUAGAAGCACAAAUCGUUAUCAUGGCGGGCUUUCUGGGAAGGAUGAAACAGUCGACCCUGGUCCAUCUUUGUUUCGCGAUAUCGUUCUUCACCUCCGGGCUAAUCAUCAACACCAUGCAGUGCAUACUGUACGUCGGACUGAAACCAUUCAAUAAGCGCUUGUACCGAACGAUUGGCUAUUACCUGUGCUAUUCGUUUUACUCGCAGCUCGUGUUUCUGGCCGACUGGUGGUCGGAUACGACGCUGCACGUGUACAUUAGCGACGAGGAUAUGAAGUACUGCGGCACGGAGCACGUUCUGCUGCUGAUGAACCACACCUACGAGGUCGACUGGUUGAUCGGAUGGAUGCUGUGCGAGAAGGUCCGCGUGCUGGGCAAUUGUAAGGCGUACGCAAAAAAGGUCAUCCAGUAUAUCCCCACGAUCGGUUGGGCGUGGAAGUUUGCCGAGUUUGUGUUUCUCGAGCGAUCGUUCGAAAAGGACCGUGAAAUCAUCGGACGGCAGAUCAAUGAAAUCCUGGACUAUCCCGACCCGGUGUGGUUGCUACUAAACGCCGAGGGUACCCGAUUCACCGAGUCCAAGCAUGCCGCAUCGGUAAAGUUCGCCGAAGAGAAAGGUAUGGUGCCGCUAAAGCAUCACCUAAUUCCGCGCACCAAAGGUUUCACGGCCAGCCUGCCGUAUCUGCGCGAAAAGUGCCCGUCUGCGUUGGACAUUCAGCUUGCGAUCUGCAAGGACUCGUCGGUUAAACCGACCAUCUUCAACAUUCUCAACGGUAAGCCGCUUACGGCGCACAUGUGUGUCCGCCGUUUUCCCAUCAAAUCGUUGCCGCAGGACGAAAAAGAGGCAGCCGAAUGGAUGCAGAAUCUGUUCCGCGAGAAGGACCGAAUGCAGGACAGCUUCCAUCGGACGGGUAGCUUCUUUACCGAUUCCGGCAUUGCCGAGCGGCCAAAGAUAACGCUACAGCGCCGCCCAAUGACCCUGCUCAACACGGUGUUCUGGGCUGUGGCCACCCUAACGCCAAUGCUCUACUAUCUAAUGAAGCUGCUGUUCAGCGGAGAGAUUCUAUACUUUUCGAUCGGUGCCGGGAUCAUUUUUGCGUUCUACAUGCUGAUGGUGAAAGCGAUCGGUAUGUCGAAGAUCAGCAAAGCCUCGUCGUACGGUGGUGGUGCGGUGCAGAAAAAUGGCCAUGACCAGAACGCUGCGCCGGAUGCCACGUCGCUGUCCUCCGAAUCGGAUAAAAUGAAGUAGACCAAAGGAAAAGAAAGGCGCGUCCCGAACCUCUGUACUCUUGGCACAGAAAGAACCACAAAACAGGCAACACCCAGGAUAAGAUGUUUACACUUGAGAUCUAUUUACACGCGUCACGGAUAUUAGUCGAUUGGAAAAGAGGUAAAAAGAGGAUCAAGAAAAUUCCCGCCCAAUCGCCCAGUAAUUUCCUUUCAAAGAAUGCACAAACUCUAGUGUGUGUUGUGGAAAGCGGCACAAACCGAUAUGUUGGAUUGCUGGAUGACGCAGGGCAAACGUCUUUUUGUGGAUGAUAUAUACAUAUACACCGAAACAAAUACCAAUAUUAUAUACAUAUAUUUAAAAGGGAUUUUGAAGCAAACAGGAGAGGCGCUGCAUGCACACAGAACAAAGAAGAGGCCAAAUGCGCCGAUCGAAGUCAGAUCGUGAGAAGCUUUUUUUUCUAUACAGCAGCAAACAACUAUUACCGUUGCACGCAGAGCCCAUCGAGGUUCUAGCACCGGUUUGGCGCAAUAACGAAUACAUUAUUUUAUAACAGUUUAUUUAUGGCAAAGCGCAAAUUAAUACUUAUUAGCAAAAAUGAAAAGCACGUUUUGAUGAUCUAGCCGUGCGGGGCUCCUUACGAGAAGAAGGAGCAAAAACUAUUACUAAAUUUACAGAUUUAUGGAAAAAGCGGAGAGAAGUUUUGGAUCGGACAGUUUUUGGGUGAACUAUAAAUGGAAACUUAAUCGAACACACAUACUAAGAAUCGAAUGUUUAGGGAUCUUUUUUUUUAAAUAUAUUCGAACCUCUCAAAUGCUCGUUUACGUUUUAAAAAGCGUUCAAAUUAGGGAUCCAAUAACGAACAAGAGACACGUGCGCGACUGCCGUCAGUUUUAGUGUGUCUUCCUGUUAAGCAAUUGAGUGGAAAAUUAAACUUUCCAUGCCAGCGUUUUUGGCAUCGCGCAUCGCACAACGUUUGUAGCAAAGCUCAAUCCAUGCCGAUGAAUAUUGUAGCUCCAUCCGUUCCUUAUAAGUCGUACAACAGAGAGCUAAACGCUAGAGGGGAAAACGACACUAAAGAAAACGUUAAUCCUCUUCUUCCUGUCCACGAGAAAGCAAAAUCUUGAAAUCCAACUGAUGAAAGUUACGCUCACCUAUCUUCCAAAGUGUGGCCCACGUUUGGCGCACCAAAUGCAAACCAAAACACUGUGCGAAGCGCUUCACCCGUAGACUGUCCAAACGUGUCACCACCUUCCGUGUAGCUAGCCGCCCUUUCGAAAAGGGGACCCCAAUCGUAGUGCGUGUCUGUCUCUGCUAUUGCUGGAUUCAAUCGAGCAAAACUGUUAAUGGUUUAUCAGAAACUCCAGAAGAAAGUGUGUUAUAGGUUAGUGUGUAAGCACGUGUUUUCUUUCGUUUUGCUUUGGAUCGUGUAAAAUCAACCUGUUUUUCGUCGUGGGUGUCGUUUUAACUUUGUUUCUACGUUACUAAUUAGCUACUACUAACCAGUGAGACGUCGAUCCGGAGGACGUUCGUGGGGGUUUGAAGACGACAGUGAUCGGUAAACGGAUGCACCACCGCCAUCACCACCAACUCCUUUACCCUUGAUAGAAGUGAAUAAAAG